AUAGAAAAGAUUACUAAGUAGAGGAAGAAGCAAACAUUAGCUAACAUGCAAAGGCAAUGACACCCAAAAACACAUUGUGAAAAGCAUUGGAUUAUGCCUCAAGCAUAUUUUACCCAAGAUGUAACGUACAUCAAAUCUAAAUCCCCCAAAACGUCCUUUACGCCCUAAGAUUUGGUGAGGUAAAAGAGCAUUCAAAGCUCCUCUCCCACCCUAUACCCUUUUGUUUUGCUCAAUGUGCUUGACGUGAGUCACUGUAAAUAAAAAGCCCACAGCUCCCAAAGCUUUUCUCAUACUCUCCGAUUUCAGUGGCCAAAAUGAGGUUCCUACUGCACAUUAUCUUCUUCGCCUUGUUUUACACUUCGGCGACGGUGGGUUUUGUUCGCUCCCGGAGCUCACCUCAGAGCCCCAAAACGACCAUCCUCGACGUCGCGGCUUCGAUUCAAAAAACCCAAACCGUUUUUGCAACGCAAGCACUCUUCAACCAGCAGAAACCGAGCUUCUCAGCCAAGUCUUCGCUCACUCUUCAACUUCAUUCGAGAAUGUCAGUCCAGAAACAUUCUCACAGUGACUACAGGUCACUGACUUUGGCGCGGCUCGAGCGCGACUCGGCCCGAGUCAGAUCUUUGACGGCGCGGUUAGAUCUAGCGCUUAGAGGCAUUGGCCAAUCAGAUCUCGAACCGGUGGAUACGAGGGAUGGUCAGGGGUUUGCAGCUGAGGAUAUACAAGGUCCGGUUGUUUCAGGGACGAGUGAGGGAAGCGGCGAGUACUUCUCACGCGUUGGGAUCGGCAAACCGCCGAGUUCCGUGUACAUGGUGCUCGACACAGGCAGUGACGUCAACUGGCUACAGUGCGCUCCCUGCGCCGACUGCUACCAGCAAGCCGACCCGAUCUUCGACCCGGCUUCAUCCGCUUCGUACGCGCCGCUCUCGUGCGAGGCCCGGCAAUGCAGGUCCCUCGACGUGUCCGAGUGCCGCAACGACACGUGUCUCUACGAGGUGUCCUACGGCGACGGCUCGUACACAGUCGGCGACUUUGUGACCGAGACCAUCACUCUCGGCACGGCUUCGGUCACCAACGUAGCGAUCGGCUGCGGCCACAACAACGAAGGUUUGUUCGUUGGCGCCGCCGGCUUGCUUGGCCUCGGCGGUGGCUCUCUCUCGUUCCCGUCUCAGCUCAACGCCUCGUCCUUCUCAUACUGUCUCGUGGACCGUGACUCGGACUCAGCCUCUACUCUCGAGUUCAACUCACCUCUCCCUCCUAACGCCGUUACCGCUCCGUUACACCGUAACCCCCAACUCGACACGUUCUACUACCUCGGCCUAACCGCACUCAGCGUCGGCGGUGAAUUGCUGCCGGUUCCGGAAUCAUCCUUCCAACUCGACAGUACUGGAAACGGCGGAAUUAUCGUCGACUCGGGCACGGCCGUGACUCGGUUUCAAACGGACACCUACAACUCGCUCCGUGACGCCUUCGUGAAUGGCACACGAGACUUGCCGUCUACUAACGGCGUGGCGCUGUUCGACACGUGCUACGACCUGUCAUCGAGGUCCAGCGUCGAGGUCCCAACGGUGGCGUUUCAUUUUCCAGACGGGAAGGUGUUGCCGUUACCGGCUAAGAAUUACCUGAUACCGAUUGAUUCGGUCGGAACGUUCUGUUUCGCGUUCGCUCCCACUUCCUCGGCGUUGUCAAUCAUCGGUAAUGUCCAACAGCAAGGGACACGUGUUGGGUUCGAUAUCGCUAAAUCUGUUGUUGGGUUCUCACCCAAUAAAUGCUAGUACGAAUUAAUUCAUUUU